AUGUCAUCUCAAAAACAAUCUCUAUCUCAAGCCCAGGUCUUCAAAUACCAUUUCAUCGCAGGUGCAGUCGGUCUCUCGCUAUCUUACUCAUGCAUGCACCCUCUCGACACCAUCAAGACACGAAUCCAAGCAGACCCUCUAAACGGCUGGAAAUCGAUCUUUACUCGCCAAACAGCCCAAAGUCUAGGCAAAGGCUUCUUUGUAUCUGCUCUCGGUGCAGCAGGUCAAGGCGGUGCCAGAUUCAGUACAUAUGAAUUCUGCAAAUCUUAUCUCCUACCAACCAAAGACAACGGAAACACAAAGUUGAUUCCCUGGCUUGGAAACACACCUGCCACUGCACUGUCUGCAGUCAUUGGCGACCUUGCAUCUAGUGUUAUCAAAGUCCCUCGAGAAGUAAUCACUGCAAAACUCCAGACCGAUCAUUACAAUAACAUACUAAAGGGCGAACGUGCAACUGCUGGCUUUGUUGUACGUCAAACUCUUCUCGAAGAAGGUCCUCGUGGUCUGUUCAAAGGAUUCUGGGCUAUUGCUGCCCGUGAUUCUCCUUUUAUGAUAAUCUUGUUGGUGUCGUACGAAAAUUUCAAGGCAUUUCACCAUCGAUCGGUUCGCGAUAAUUGGCUGAGUGCGCCUCGUAAAGCAUAUGACCCAGUUGUCGCCAAUGCUCCAUUCGAAGAACUAGAGGCAGACAUUCCAACAUUUAGAAGUAUCAUGUAUGGCGGUAUCAGUGGUUUCUUGGCCGGUUAUUUCACUACACCCAUGGACGUUCUCCGUACCCGUAUGAUCACCCAACGUGCCACACCAAACCGUCAGUCUGCAACAGUUACAGACGUAGCAAAAUCUAUGAUCAACCGAGUAAUGACCCAGUACAAGACACCUGGACAAAGAGCGGUUCAAAUGAGUCAAGCAUUCUUUGUUGGUGCUAUCCCAAGAAGCUUCUGGUGGUUUGGUAUCUGUGGUAUCUUUUUCCCUACAUAUGAAACCCUCAAGUCAGUUAUGGUCCCUCAGUAA